GACAAUGGGGCUGGACUUCACAUUGUCCGUCCAGUCACCCUGGCUCUGGCCCUUUCCCUGGUGUCCAGUCUCACUCUAGCGACCACCUGUUCGUUUGUCCAGUUCUGUCCUGUCUCGACUUGACUCGUAACGCGUGGCUAUUUGGCAACGCCAGUCUUUGGCAAAGUCGGGAUGAAGUAGAGAAAUCGACUAGAUAAGUCUAUAAACUUUUUGGACCACUUGCUAGAAAGUCCAACCGCGUUUGACACCGCAGACUGACUUGCGCAUAAAGUAACGUAAUCUUGCUGCGGUUGACACAAAAAUGGCAUCGUUCGUUCCAGCAGGGUUGGGGAAGCCUGGUAGUGGCGGCAACAUGACUGAGUUCCAGGAGAAGAUGAUGCAGCAGCUGCAGAGCUCCAUGCACUCAGAGCUGGGCAAGCUCAUCAGCACGGGCAAGGACAACGACGCCAAGGUAGCCCAGAAGGACUUUGAGGGCUUCGAGAAUCUGUUCCACAGGUUUCUGAAGGUGAAGGGACCCUCCAUAGACUGGACCAAGAUCCAUAGGCCUCCAGAGGAAUCGAUCCAGCCGUAUGACCGGAUCAUGGCUCAGGACCACGUGAAGAAGGCGGAGGAGAGCAGCUGCUUGAACAAGCUGGCCGUGGUGAAGCUGAACGGAGGCCUGGGUACCAGCAUGGGCUGCAAGGGACCCAAGAGUCUCAUCAGCGUACGCAAUGAAAACACCUUCCUGGACCUCACCGUGCAGCAGAUCGAGCAUCUGAAUAAGACGUAUAACGCUGACGUUCCACUGGUCCUCAUGAACUCCUUCAACACAGACGAGGACACCAAGAAAAUCCUGCAGAAAUACUCGCACCACCGCGUCAAGAUACACUGCUUCAACCAGAGCAAGUACCCCCGCAUCAACAAAGAGUCGAUGCUGCCCAUCGCCACCAACCUGAGUCUGACUGGUGAGAACUCGGAAGCCUGGUACCCACCCGGCCACGGAGACAUCUACGCCAGCUUCUACAACUCAGGCCUGCUGGACCAGCUCAUCUCACAGGGGAAAGAGUACAUCUUCGUGUCCAACAUCGAUAACCUGGGCGCCACCGUUGACCUGCACAUCCUCAACCACCUGAUUGGUCAGCCGACCGACAAGAGGAUAGAGUUCGUCAUGGAGGUCACGGAUAAGACGCGCGCUGACGUCAAGGGUGGUACGCUCACCCAAUACGACGGCAAGCUGCGUCUUCUGGAGAUCGCCCAGGUGCCCAAGAACCACGUGGACGAGUUCAAGUCCGUCACCAAGUUCAAGAUCUUCAACACCAACAACCUGUGGAUCUCCCUGCCGGCCAUCAAGAGGCUGCAGGAGAAGAACGCACUGGACAUGGAGAUCAUCGUCAACCCCAAGAUACUAGACGGUGGUCUGAACGUGAUCCAGUUGGAGACGGCCGUGGGCGCGGCCAUCAAGUGCUUCGACAACGCGCUGGGCAUCAACGUGCCGCGUAGCCGCUUCCUGCCGGUCAAGACGACCUCUGACCUCCUCUUGGUCAUGUCCAACCUGUACAGCCUGGACGACGGCUCCCUCACCAUGAACCCCAAGAGGGAGUUCCGCACCACGCCGCACGUCAAACUCGGCAGCUCCUUCACCAAGGUCCAAGACUAUUUGAAGAGAUUUGAGAGUAUUCCUGACAUGCUGGAGCUAGACCAUCUAACGGUAUCGGGAGACGUCACGUUUGGAAAGCAAGUUGCAUUAAAGGGAACAGUCAUCAUCAUAGCCAAUCACGGUGAUCGGAUCGACAUCCCGGCCGGAGCGAUGCUGGAGAACAAGAUUGUGUCUGGCAACCUGCGCAUCCUCGACCACUGAGGGUUACCAUGGCAACCGAAGGAACACAACAAGAAGAUGACGAGAAACCGCAAAGACCAGACAGUGCUUCCUAUUGUGUCUCUUGACUGUCUUGUGUUUUGUGUGCAUCUUCACUUUCGUGUCCCAUGGCUUUUCACUGGCCCAUCUGUUUCAACCGUUCACAAACAUCAGUUAUAAUCGCACGGCUGCACUUUCAGAAAUGUGCAGUGUGUGUCACUUUUGGACUGUUACUUUUCAGUAAUAAUCCGCUGCUUUUCCUUACCCUUUUCUGGACCCCGUUUCUCGACAGUGUUGUUGCUAACUUAGUAAGUAGUUGCCUAUGGGAAAUUGCAUUGCAACCAAAUCAGUUGCUAACUAGUUAGCAACGACACUGUCGAGAAACAGGGUCCCGAGUGGGCCGAACAAACAAACGCAUGACAUUCACUAUGCUGGUUACUAUGCUGGUGUGUUACUGAAGUGUUUUUGCCCCCUCUGCUGGGGGGAAUUGGGUGUUGCCAAACACCUGAACCUGCACUUAUUGAUUGAUCAGUUGGUAGUCUUUUGAGUCUGUUAGGCAUGUGAGAUGUAAGUAACGAGACUACCUCUGACAAGUGAGCGAAUGUGUGACCCAGGAUGUGGAAUGAGUUACCGUGGCGAGUGAGUGCAUACACCCUGCUGUUACAGCUGUGUAGGGAAUUGUGGCAAUGAAUGAAUUAAUGACUGGAUGUAUGGAUGAAUGGAUGAACGAAUGAGCUUGUUUGAAAUGACUGGCUGGAUGAUUGACUGGCUUCCGACUAUGUAUUCUGGCUGGUCUUUAUAUUGUGACAAGUUCACGCAACCUUGUCUGCAUCACUAUUGCGCCACGUAGUUAGGUAUGGUCAUGUCCAAGGGGGAAAAAAGUUACUGUUUAUUCAAGUCCAGAAUGCACUGUAGUGGGCCAGUCACUCAGCCCACCAACAGCCAUUUCAAACAAGCCCAACAAUGAAGGAAUGUAACUUCCCACUGUCACAGGCCUCUUCAAUAUCCCUUGUCCUUCGCCUGCUAGUUAGAAGAGAUUGCGCAAUCUGUUACUGUGUGUGUGUGUGUGUGUGUGUGCAAUGACUUGUCUUGUUACAGCCAUGCAGCCUUCAACCCCUGCCGUCCUCUGCUGUACGGAAUUGUGUGUGUGUGUGUGUGUGUGUGUGUGUGUGUGUGUGUGUGUGUGUGUGUGUGGUCGGUCACACAGCCGUCCCCAGACCUGCUGAUACCAUCACUACUAACUACUAUCUGACCUUUGACCCGACCUGAGCUCCUGUGAGCUUGACGCUGUGAUGAGUUAACUGUGCGAAUCUUCAACUCUGUGUGCAGCCUCCCAGGCAGUCAGCCAGACAGCGCCCCCAUGUGCCUGAGUUCAUUAUGACAUCAAUAAAGAUGCUCCAUGCGGACUCAAACCUC